GGUCGUGGUAUUCGGUGAGGGAUGCCUCGUCUGUCGAGCUAUCCUCACCAUGAGAUGGAAUUCGCUACGUUUAGAUCCCCGCACUUUUAUCCACCACAACCAACUCUAUUACAAAGACUGGGUAUCGAUAGGCUAAGCUUGGAUACUAGCUUUUUGCAGUUCCAACAUUACAUACGACACACAGAGCCAUUGGAAUUAACUACUACGGCGCCAUUGGACUUAAGUGUUAAGACACCUUCAACGCCCAUUACUCCUCCUUGUACUCCGUCUCCAAAACUCAAAAGUCCUCAGACACCAUUAACAUCAGAAGUUCCAAGUAAGAAAGUCAAGUUUUCUUCUCCAACUCCGAAGAAAACCAAAGCGACUAGAAAACUUCAGUUCGAUGAAGACAACAGUUCUCCAGUUUCCGGAACAAUUAUUCGGGAGCUGGGACCUGACGAACACUUAGUUGUAAGAAAAGGAGAUAUCGAUCCAGCUUUCAACGUCGUUGAAAUAACCGAGGAAGCAAAAGCUGAGUUAGCAAAAAUUGAAAACCACAUCGGGGAUUAUGUUUGUCGCCUUUGCAAAGAAUUAUACGAAGAUGCUUUCGGACUGGCGCAACACAGGUGUUCCAGAAUAGUCCAUGUAGAAUACCGAUGUCCAGAAUGCGAUAAAGUUUUUAACUGUCCUGCUAACUUGGCUUCCCAUAGGAGAUGGCACAAGCCAAGGCCAACCAAAGAAAAUAAACAGGAAGAAGGGACAGUGGGCGAGUCAGAAUCAGGAGAACAAUUUCCGUGCGGUGAAUGUGGCAAGGCUUUUAGACGAAUAGCUUACCUUCGUAAACAUCAAACUCUACACCAAAUGGACUGACAGCGGCUUGUGCCUGUAAGGCCAAUACCGCGUCUUCCACCUAGUCUAUGGAGGCCACCUCCCUUACCUCCCGCCUGCGGAGAACCUUUUAUGGGUUCGGAUAGGUACUUUCCUUCUAUAUCUUGGAUGGAUUUCGCAAACGGCAGCUGUAAAUAGGCUUGUAUAUAUAUUUUUGUAUAUUUAUUAUGUAGGUAUCAGAUCAAAUUUAUUAUUUAAAAAUAGAUAGAUAAUGCGACAAUAUCUAAAUUAUUAUGGUUUCUUUUCUCAUUGCAAAAAUCUAGUCAGAAUGAAUCUAGUCAUUAUACAAUUAAUUUUAUUCUAGUCAUUUAGUUU